UGUUUUUUUUUAGGUUAUAGAAGUAUUUUGAUUUGCCUUCAUUUCAAAAUUACAAAAUCGAGUUAUUUUUAUUUUACUUUUCUGUAAAUAAUAUUUAGAGUAAACGUUAAAUGCUGGAAUAAAAAUGGAUUUAUUUAUUAUUAACAGAUAUACAGGUGCUAAUGAAGAAACAGAUGUUUUGGAUCAGGAAACAUUACAUUUAAAAAGGUUAAAGCAGAAAAUUGAAGAAAGAAAAAAAAAACACAUAUUAAACAAAAAAAUACCAGAUACUAUAACUUUAAAAGAACAAGAUGUGUCAGUGAAAUCAGAAAGUACUGAAAUAAUUAGCAGUCAUAACGAAAAAGAUGAUCUAGAAACCAUAAAUGAAAAUAAAGAAACAUUGACCACCCAUGUACCAUCAAAAAUUAGCAAAACAGAUAAGCACAAAAAUGAAUUUCAAGUUUUAGGAAAUACUGACUUUGAAAAAAAAGCUAAGAUUGAAAGAGUUCUCCCAUUCUGGCUCUCACAUGCAUAUAGUGUAUCUAAAGAUUUACAAAGCUUAACAUGUUCUAUAGAAACACAGAAGUGGCUUGAUAGUACUCUUAAGACUACAUUAAUGAAAGAAGGUUUAAAGCAUUUGUUUCCUGUUCAAGAACAAGUCAUUCCUUUCAUAAUAAAUGAACAUAAAUUACCAGAGCCUUUCAGACCUCAUGAUAUUUGUGUCUCUGCUCCAACGGGUAGUGGAAAAACCCUAUCAUUUGUUUUACCAAUAAUACAAGUUUUAAUGAAUCCACUUGGCCAUCAUAUAAGAGCUUUAAUUGUCUUACCCGUGCAAGAACUUGCAGCCCAAGUAGCGAAAGUCUUUAAAAAAUAUUGCACUAACACUGGACUGAGAGUGGCAUUACUAAGUGGAUCUACUCCUUUACAUAAAGAGCAACAACAAAUAAUGAGAUACACUGAAACAUUAGGAUGGAUUAGUGAAACUGAUAUUAUAGUAUGCACAGCUGGCAGAUUAGUUGAACAUUUACAAAAUACUGAAGGAUUUUCAUUAAAACAUUUAAAGUUUCUUGUUAUUGAUGAGGCAGACAGAAUAAUGGAUAAUGUACAAAAUGACUGGCUUUAUCACAUGGAUAAACAUAUUAAAAUAGAAAGUGAUAUUUCCAAUAAAAUUCCUCAUUUAAAUUGGAACAAUAUAACUUCUCCUAAAUCAUCAAUACAUAAGCUUUUAUUUUCUGCAACACUAUCUCCAGAUCCUGAAUUAUUAGAACAGUGGGGAUUGUAUCAGCCAAAACUUUUUUCAUCUGCUCCAAUAAAUGAUUUUACAGAUGAAAAUACCAUUAAAAAAUAUACAACACCAGAUGAAUUGGAAGAACAGUAUAUCAUCUGUACAGCUGAAGAGAAACCUCUAAUUUUAUAUCAUUUUCUUUCAAACCAAAAGUGGGACAAAACAUUAUGUUUUACAAAUUCUUCUCAGUCAGCACAUAGGCUAGCUGUCCUUUUAGAUAUUUGGGGAAAAGGUAAUCUAAAAGUGGCAGAGUUAUCAGCAGCAUUAGACAGGACGCAUAGAGAACAAGUUUUAAAGAAAUUUAAGCAAUCUGAAAUUGAUGUGAUUAUCAGUACAGAUGCUUUAGCUAGAGGGAUAGACAUUCCAGAUUGCAAUUAUGUUAUAUCAUAUGACCCACCAAGAAAUAUUAAGACAUAUGUGCAUAGAAUAGGUCGUACAGGUCGAGCUGGACGUAAAGGGAAUGCUUGUACUAUUUUACUUCACAAUCAGUUGCAUAUGUUUAAGGAAAUUUUGCAAUCUGGAGGAAAAACUGAAAUCCCCAAAUUGGAGGUAAAUAAAGAAAUUUUAAAUCAACUUUUCGAAGGAUACGAAAAUGCUAUACAAGACACUAAAAAUACAAUUAACAAUGAAAUUUCAACUAAAGUAAAGAAAUCCAUUGAAUUAAAAAGAGCAGCUAAAACUAAAUCACGCAAAAGGAAACACAAUGACAGUAAAAUGACGAAUGCUUAAUUGGAUAUUUCUAUAAAUGUAUUGAUUUGUAUAA